UAUGAUUGCCCGCACUCAGCCUGAUAAACAGCUGCUUACCAUUUAGGGCACUUCACAAAAGUUUUCUCCGAACUCCUCGAAUCGAGAUUUUUUUGUGUAUGUGUGUGUGUGUGUGUGUGUGUGUGUGUGUGUGUGUGUGUGUGUGUGUGUGUGUACAUCGCUCUUUGUCUGUGGAUGUUCAGAUAUAGAAAGUCUGCACCGCUGGAAGCUCGAGUCUGGACUCUAGGUUUGCGUAAUGCUGAGGCGUCUUCUGCUCAACAUCUGGAUUAACUAUUUGGAGUCAGAGCUAGCGGCCAUACACACAACUUUGACUGUCUAGCCUGUCUUUUGUAAAAACGACUGCCCUUUUUCUCUGGAAUUUAACUCCUUUUGAUACACCGAGUUUUGCGCAUAGAUUAUGUAUUCUUUAAAAUGGGUGCGAACAAUGGAAAACAGUAUGGAAGCGAGGGUAAAGGGAGCUCAAGCAUCUCUUCUGACAUAAGUUCGAGCACGGAUCACACACCAACCAAAGCUCCAAAGAAUGUGGCUACCACCGAAGGUUUAGACUCCAGCACUCGGACUCUGAGCACCCCCAGCCCCGGUCUUAUCCUGCCAUCCAAGUCCUCCUCCCUCUCCUCGCCCGCCCUCUCCAGUAACGGCCAUGAGACCAACUCCUCUUCCUCCUCCUCUGCCCCCGCCGAGACCGUCGCCGUGGUCCACUCUCAACCUGGCACUCACGCUCGCUCCCGCCAGUCCAAAAGCCACCACCACGCUCCCAUUGACCUCCUCCCCGACCACGCCCUUCUGCAGAUCUUCUCCCAUCUCCCCACCAAUCAGCUGUGCCGCUGCGCGCGCGUAUGCCGCCGCUGGUACAACCUGGCAUGGGACCCGAGGCUGUGGAGCACCGUCCGCCUAACAGGAGAGCUGCUUCACGCCGACCGUGCCAUCCGGGUCCUGACCCACCGGCUGUGCCAGGACACCCCGAACGUGUGUCUGACCCUAGAGACGGUGGUGGUGAAUGGCUGCAAAAGGCUCACCGACCGAGGGCUGCAUGUGGUGGCUCAGUGCUGCCCGGAGCUACGUCACCUGGAGGUCGCCGGCUGUUAUAACAUCUCCAACGAUGCUGUGUUUGAGGUGGUGUCCCGCUGCCCUGGCCUGGAGCACCUGAACCUCUCAGGCUGCUCCAAGGUGACAUGCAUCAGCCUCACCCAAGAGGCCUCCCUCCAGCUGUCCCCUCUGCACGGCCAGCAGAUUUCCAUCCACUACCUGGACAUGACCGAUUGUUUUUCCCUCGAGGAUGAGGGCUUGCGGACUAUCGCCUCCCACUGCCCCCGCCUGACACAUCUGUACUUGCGCCGCUGCACCAGACUGACAGAUGAAGCCUUGCGCCACCUGGCUCUCCACUGCCCUUCAAUAAAGGAGCUUAGUCUCGCGCAGUGACUGCGCGGGGGGGGGGGGGGCGGUGACUGCUUUUACUGCCCGAGACUGCGCUACUUAAACGCGAGAGGUUGCGAGGGGCUGACAGACCACGGCCUGAGCCACUUGGCCAGGAGCUGCCCAAAACUCAAGUCCCUGGACGUGGGUAAGUGCCCGCUUGUGUCGGACAGCGGGCUGGAGCAGUUGGCUAUGUACUGCCAAGGCCUGAGGCGAGUGAGUCUCAGAGCAUGCGAGAGCGUGACAGGCCGAGGACUCAAAGCUCUGGCAGCCAACUGCUGCGAGCUGCAGCUUCUCAACGUGCAGGACUGCGAGGUGUCGCCAGAGGCUCUGCGGUUUGUUAGACGCCACUGUCGCCGCUGUGUGAUCGAGCACACAAACCCUGCUUUCUACUGAGACGGGGAGUUCUUGGACUGGUCUUCUGACAAAUGGAUGUUCUAAUAUUCCUGCUAGGGAGUUGGUAGAGUUCAGCGGCCUACGUGUCAGAACUGGUUGAAAACUGGUUUGCAAUACUGGCCAGAAUUUGUCUCUUUAAAUCCGCUUAGUGGCUGUUAAUGCUGAAUAUACUUCGUAGACUGUAUUUAACAUAUUUAUCUGUAAAAAAGGCAGAGAAGUAUAGUAUUUCAGCUUAUAACAUCUUUCAUCAUCCCACUUUACUUGCUACAACAAUAGGCACUGGGUACAGUUGUGUUGCCAUUUAAAAGCAUUGUAAUAUAUUUUUAUUUCAACACCUUUAUGGCCCUGAAACAUAAUUAUUAUCAUACGUUACUGCAUCUAUUUAAAAAGAAACAGCAAGUAUCUUCAGACUAAACCACUAAGAAUGUAGCUAUAAAACAGCAGCAACUACAGCAGAUCUGAUUCAAAAUGUUCUCAGUUUCCCUUUCUUUAUGUUGCAUAUGCACUUUAUGCAAUUGUGCUGACAAUCACUUCAACUGAGCUCAAAGCGUCAUCAUUUUUCAUUUUCUGUAAAUUAAACUAUUGAGCAAGGUUGUUGUUUUUGUUUUUUUUACAGCCAAAUAGAAACUGUUGUUGAGAAUUAACAAAGAACACAUUGCUGCUAUAACUGUGCCAAUAAAUUCUUCCAAAUCCA